CACCAUCCCUCCCUCCAUCCAUCUCUACAUAGCACCCUCCCUCCCUCUAUCCAUCUCUACAUAGCACCCUCCCUCCCUCAUCAUGCAUUCCUCCACCUCCAUCACGUCCCUCUUCUCCUUCACCAGCCCUGCAGUGAAGAGGCUUCUGGGAUGGAAACAAGGGGAUGAAGAGGAGAAGUGGGCAGAGAAGGCUGUGGACUCUCUGGUCAAGAAACUAAAGAAGAAGAAGGGAGCGAUGGAGGAGCUGGAGAAGGCCCUCAGCUGUCCCGGACAGCCCAGUAAGUGUGUGACCAUCCCUCGGUCUCUGGACGGUCGUCUCCAGGUGUCUCACAGGAAGGGUCUCCCCCACGUUAUCUACUGCAGAGUGUGGAGGUGGCCCGACCUACAGUCUCAUCACGAACUCAAGGCCUUGGAGUGCUGCGAAUUCGCCUUCGGAUCCAAACAGAAAGACAUCUGUAUCAACCCCUACCACUACAGACGGGUAGAGACACCAGUGCUUCCCCCAGUGUUGGUCCCCCGUCACAGUGAGUUUAACCCACAGCACAGUCUACUGGCUAAAUUCCGGAACGCCUCGCUCCACAACGAGCCCCUGAUGCCCCAGAACGCUACAUACCCGGACUCCUUCCCUCCUCUCCCCUGCGCCUCCUUUUCCUCCCCCUCCUCAUCCUCUCUCAACCAGUCCCCCACCUCCGCCAGCUACCCCAACUCUCCCAGCAGCUCAGCCGAACCUACCAGCCCCUACCACAUCACAGCAGAGACCCCACCUCCCCCUUAUAGCAUGAUGGAGACAAUCCCAACUGAGGAUGUCAAGCCUGGAGACUCCACACACAAGCUCACCUUCUCAGCUCCGCACAUAGAUCUGCGGCCUGUGUGUUAUGAGGAGCCAGAGUACUGGUGUUCAGUGGCGUACUACGAGCUGAAUAAUCGUGUUGGAGAGACGUUCCACGCCUCGUCCCGUAGCGUCCUGGUGGACGGCUUCACCGACCCCUCCAACAACAAGAACCGCUUCUGUCUCGGCCUGUUGUCUAACGUCAACCGCAACUCAACCAUCGAACACACACGCAGGCACAUAGGAAAAGGUGUCCAUCUCUACUACGUGGGUGGUGAGGUGUACGCCGAGUGUCUGAGUGACAGCAGUAUCUUCGUCCAGAGUCGUAACUGUAACUAUCAGCAUGGUUUCCAUGCCACCACCGUGUGUAAGAUCCCCAGCGGCUGUAGUCUGAAGAUCUUCAACAACCAGCUGUUCGCCGAGCUGCUCUCUCAGUCCGUCAACCACGGCUUCGAGGUGGUCUACGAACUCACCAAGAUGUGUACUAUACGCAUGAGCUUUGUCAAGGGCUGGGGUGCAGAGUACCACCGUCAGGAUGUCACCAGCACCCCCUGCUGGAUAGAGGUGCACCUGCACGGCCCUCUGCAGUGGCUGGACAAAGUCCUCACACAGAUGGGCUUUCCUCAUAACCCCAUCUCCUCCGUGUCCUAACACAUACACACACACACAGAUGGGCUCUCCUCAUAACUCCAUCUCCUCCGUGUCCUAACACAUACAUACACACACACACACACACACACACACACACACAGAUGGGCUCUCCUCAUAACCCCAUCUCCUCCGUGUCCUAACACAUACAUACACACACACACACACACACAGAUGGGCUUUCCUCAUAACCCCAUCUCCUCCGUGUCCUAACACAUACAUACACACACACAGAUGGGCUCUCCUCAUAACCCCAUCUCCUCCGUGUCCUAACACCACACACACAUAUCCUCUGUAUCCUGACACACACACAUCUUAAUGGAUCUAUGCUUAUCUCGACUGACGCUAUUGAAAUAGCAGCUUUUUCUUCCCGACAGGAAUCAACCGCCAUUUAACAUUACGAAUGUUAUUGAAGUUGAUGUCAAUCAAUCAAUCAAUCAAUCAAUCAUACAGAAGUUACUGUAGCUUUCAGUUAGUCAAUGUACAAUGUGUCAGUGAGGCAGAUGCAUAUUAUAUUGUUUUAGCUACUCUGCUGUCUAGUUUUACUGUAAGGGACAGUUUCGGCGCUAUCCAGCGACAACGGACAUCGCAAUAUCCGUUUGAUUGUGUUUUUAUUUGUUUAGGUGAUGUCAGAGGUGUGUAACUGUGAUGGGAGCUGUCGAAAAAAAUCGAUUUGUAACGAAAUAACACGUCUUUAAUAAAAUCCCACCGGCGUUAGAAGUUCAGAACGAGAAAAGUGUAGGCUGUAGUUGAAAUAAUAAUAACACGCAAAUGAAGCAAUUAUAAGGAUUUUUACAUCAGCCAAUCGGGGCGUAGAUUACAACACGCAAUCCAGUGUUCCGACUUGAAACACAGCUACAUGACGUCAUUACUAACGCAUCCAAUGGCAAUGUCCUGCUCAGGUACAACACCGGGAGCCCUUUGCUGCUUCGGCAGCUCCAACGCGGUACACCUCUCCCACAACGCCUAAACAAAAAACAAUGGUGCUGCUAGGCAGUUGUGGGUUAAGGCAGAACUGAUUGAAUCGUGCCCUUCAGUGUCAUUAGACUAUGGUUUCAACUAUCAUUCAAUCACCUUUUUGUUCACUGUAAUCUACAGAAUGCUGUAUUCAACCACACAUAGCUCUUGUUUAAAUAACCCUUUAACUCGCUCAAAGACAGUGUUGUUCGUCCCUAUAUAGUGCACUACUUUAGACCAGAACCCUAUGGCACCCUAUUCCCUAUAUAGUGCACUACUUUAGACCAGAACCCUAUGGCACCCUAUUCCCUAUAUAGUGCACUACUUUAGACCAGAACCCUAUGGCACCCUAUUCCCUAUAUAGUGCACUACUUUAGACCAGAACCCUAUGGGACCCUAUUCCCUAUAUAGUGCACUACUUUAGACCAGAGGCCAAUGGCACCCUAUUCCCUAUAUAGUGCACUACUUUAGAACAGAGCCCUAUUGCACCCUAUUCCCUAUAUAGUGCACUACUUUAGAACAGAACCCUAUGGCACCCUAUUCCCUAUAUAGUGCAGUAGGGUACCAUUUGAGAUCAAAGGAAACAGUAGUUACUAAUAGAGACGUAUAUGUCAGUGUAUAAAAUGGUGUUUUACGUGUUGGAAACAUUAUAAACAUGUAUUUACUGUUGUUUCUGACUGCCUUUCUGAUUAUUUCAUUACAUAUUUUUUUUUAGAAUUGAAA